AUGAUACAGUCAACCAUUCCUUUCCUCGUUACUGCACGAAUUGGAUAUGGUCUUCAACAUGAAAAUGACACUCGUACAUCCACGUUCACCGGACCUACCGUGCUAAUGUCAAGACCUUCAAGCUUCAAGCAUCGCAGCCUACGAUGCGGAUACGGGUAA